CACGAGCACGCAGUAGCACAGUGUCUCUACUCCUUGCUCGCGGCACGAUCGCACAGCACAGACCAACAAUGGCUGCCAAGCUUGCCCUCUUCCUGGCCCUGAGCCUCCUCUUCGCCGCCGCCGCGCACGGCUGCGCACCCUACUGCCCAGGCCCCGUCGUCCCGACGCCGCCGGUCGUGCCGACGCCGUCCCACAGCCACGGGCGCUGCCCGAUCGACGCGCUCAAGCUCAGGGUGUGCGCCAACGUGCUGGGCCUCGUCAAGGUCGGCCUGCCCCAGUACGACGAGUGCUGCCCGCUGCUGCAGGGGCUCGUCGACCUCGACGCCGCCGUCUGCCUCUGCACGGCGAUCAAGGCCGACGUCCUGGGCAUCCACCUCAACGUGCCCGUCAGUCUCAACCUCAUCCUCAACAAGUGCGGCAAGAUCUGCCCGGCCGACUUUACCUGCCCUCAGUAAGUUGACGGAGCUAAAAAGCACGGUCUGAAUGUACGCUUGUACUCUUCCUCGCGUUUCGUUCCACGGUUAAUAACAGCUUGCAGCAACGACCCGUUGUUGUUUGCACCACCGAAAAUUUGUUACCAAUUCUUUCACUGUAUCUUUGAUCUGAUUUACUUGUAUGGAGUUGUACUAUCAUUUGUAGUUGUCAAUAAGAAAUUUUUUUAUUGUGAAAAGGAAGAAAAAUAUUCAUCAGUUGAUGGUA